CUUCCCUUUACGACAGGCCAUGUAUGCAAGUUCAAGAUGAAUGCACAAGGUACCAUUCAUUCAUAAGAGCCAUCUCUAUUAGCGACAUUCACCAUAUUUAUUAUCCGUUGCCACUGUCCCUUUCUUUUUCGUUGCUUGUCUAAUAUUUAUUGUUUCCGGCCCUUAUUAUUAUUAUUUUUUUUGCCCUUAGUAGUAUAGCAAGGCGAGAGAGGCCCGCAAGACCAGGAUCAUCUCUGAGGCUACCUACGGAAUACCCAUCAUUCUUCAUUCACUCAUUCACUCACUCAUUUAUCCGUCAAACACUCUCUUUCCUUCUUCUUUUUUUCCUCUAGAAGCGACUACGCUAUCGGUUCAAGUCAUUUUUGUGAUAUUCUACUCAACAGAUGAAGGUUGUGGUUACAGGGGCGACCGGGAUGGUCGGCAAUGAGAUCGUCAAACACUGUCUCGCGGAUGCGCGCAUCACAAAAGUCGUUAUUCUCACUCGAAAGGCCGUCUCAAUGGACAUCGAGAGUCACCCAAAGGCGGAUGUUAUCAUGAUUCAGGACUUCGCAAGGUAUUCCGAUCAAGUUUUACGGCGACUUGAAGGAUCUUCGGCCUGUUUAUGGGCCAUUGGAGCACGGUCAGAUCGUCUCAACCACGACAAGGCACUUCUUCACCACGUCAACGUGGAACUGCCGCUCACGGCGGCAAAAGUAUUGAGCGAGCGCAUAGCACCAAAGACACCAGCUGGCAACAAGUUCAACUUUGUCUUGUGCAGCAACAAGACCAACUCAAAGGCAUCUUCACUGCUGUCGCUCGGGGAUCCAAGGAAACCAAAGUCCGAGGCGGAGAAGGGUCUAUGCGAGAUUGCAGACGCCAGCCCUGAAACAUUUAGCGCUUGGAUCUUGAGACCCAGCGCCAUCGUCACCCCAGACACGCCCAAGAAGAGAAGACUUGUAGGCGGUCGCUCGGCUCACGGCGUUGAGGUUGCGCAGAUGGCCAGGGCUUUUGUCAAGGUCGCCUGCGAGGGUUACAAGGAUCGUAUUAUUGAUAACGAUGCGCUGCUGAAAAUGUGAGAUUCUUCUUCUUCCGUGGGGAGAAGUGGGUGACAAAUUGUACGAUGGAGCUGGACGAUGCGCAUGCAUGCGUGUGCGUGCGUGUUGUGAAGCCGAGCUGAGCUUGACUGGGGAAGAAUUUGUGGACUUGGCGGAACAUCUGGGACCGUCGAACGAUACGCCAAGCCUUUCGGAUGGAGAUAUCCAUUUGGGUAUUGUCUUGUCUUGUGUUGAUGCUGGCACAUCAAGUUCAUGUCGUUGUUGUUGUUGUAUUGUGUUGUCUUGACCUUCGAUUCAUUGUACCACUACUAACCGGGUCACGAUCUUAAUGAUGUACAUAGCAUUCAAGCCGGCGGAGAUUGAUAAGAUAUUUGUGUAAUUGACCACAUCCAUCAAAGACAACAAUUCUCUCGCCAAGACUGCUCGACUCGUGAUAGUUUUCGGGUAUUAAACUCUAAGAGAUGGAGUACGGUCC